AUGUUUCGAAAACCAAAGAUUAAAGACCUAUUCGAAAUGUUUCCCAUACCUCUCACAACAAUUGUUCGACAAACGAAAAGUGCAGAAAACGGGAAAAACGAUGUCGACAAAAAACAAAUUUUACAACAAGAUCCUAAACGUUUAGAUCAAUGGCAGCAUGUGAUUCCUAGACCUGAUAAAGUACUGUCUAGUUAUGAUUCUGUUUGCGAGCUACACUUUUUAGAAGAUGAUAUUUUAAAAUUUGAUGAGACUAUUUUAACUAAUUGUACUGUUAACAAAAUAAAAAGGGAAAGGCCGAGAUUAAAGAAUGAAGCAAUACCAUGUAUAUUCCUGAAUCUACCUUCAUACUUGUCCAGUAUUAGGAAAAGACGAAAACCACCAUUGAACCGAACUGAAUUUGUUAAAAUAAAAAAAUGGAAGAAAAUACUAGAACCUAUUGCUGAAGAAACUAUUCACCAGGAUGAUGAAAUUGUAGUUGUUGACGUAGAAGAUCAAAUUUUUGAACGUUUGAAAGAUAAUUUGAGUCUAAUUUGCACACCAAAUGAACAGUGGUCAGGUACCUUUAUUCCUGGAAAAAAUGAUGUAAUUUUUGUUGAAUGGGAUGAAACAUACACUCCAACUAAAAAAAUUGUGAUACACCAGGAUAUGUCUUUUAAGAUUCUAUUUCGAAAAACUGAAAUUUUCCUACCAGAUACAGUUACAAUAAUAAAAAGUUUUCAAGAACUUGAAGAUUUAUUAGGAUCCAUAAAUAACAUGCCAAUGUGUACAGGUACUACAGUAGCAAGGUAGUUACCAUGUUAAAGUUCUUUGUCACAAUUACUUCUACCUAUUUUCUUGAUAAAACGUAUAUUUUAUUAGCAGUAAAUCUUCUCAAAGCAAUUGUUUAAUUUUUAAAGGUUGUGGUUUUCACUCAUUAUCAUAUAUCAAAUGUAUUUUCUAACAUACCUUAUCAUUGGGAAUGUAAAUGUAGUUUCAAAUGCUAAUAUUAGGUGAACCCUGGAUACUAUUUUCAUAGUGCAUGUUUUAAUUGUCUUGCAAGCAUUAAUUUA